UAAGAAUAGGAAUUGCUAGUCUAUUGUCAUCAAUAGAAUGUUUGGAAGGUCAUAGAUGGUCAUAUGUUGGAUUUUUUGUAGAAGAAAGAGUUAUACGUGAUCACAGGUUUAAAAUGAUUGGUGGGUAUCGUGGGAAUGGAUCCCCGGUAUUGGACUGA